AUGGCGCUCCCUCCUAGUAUCCUCAUCGUGGGUGGAGGAGUCUUCGGACUGUCUACCGCUCUCUCGUUGAGACAGCGCCACCCGGAAGCCCAGAUCACACUGGUGGAAUCGUCACCGACAAUUCCAAACCCGCACGGCUCAUCCGUCGACACAUCACGGAUUGUGCGGGCAGACUACGCCAACGCAGCAUACUCCAAGCUCGCGGCCGCAGCCAUCCAGAAAUGGCGCAGCACGGCUUGGGGUCGUCAGGGUCGGUACACGCAGAACGGCCUGCUGCUGGUGUACCCGGCCGACAGCGUCAGUGCAAAGGAGUACGCGCGCAAGAGCUACAACAACGUGCGUCAGAUCGAGGGCGAUAACGUUGUUUUCCUGCCUAGCCAGAAAGAUGUGCUUUCUGUUGUCCCGCCGUAUGGGGAGGAUUUGGAUGUUGCCGGUGGGUAUGUGAAUUGGGGCUCUGGCUGGUCCGAUGCCGGGGCGAGUGUGGCGUUUGCGAAGCAGAUGCUUGAUGCGGAUGGGAAGGUUGAUUUCCGCCAUGGAAAUGUUGACCGGGUGCUUUUCGACGAGCCUGCAUCUGCAUCUGCAUCUGCUGGCAAAGGCAAGCCGCGCGCAAAGGGUGUUGCGUUGACGAAUGGAACGACACUGACAGCUGACCUGGUUGUUUUGGCGACUGGAGCAUGGACACCCCGACUUGUUGAUCUGCGCGGCAAGGCCGUGGCCACAGGCCAGGCAAUUGCAUAUAUCAAGAUUAGUGAUGCCGAGCAGCGUGAGCUGGAGAAUUUACCUACCAUCUUGAACUUUGCUACAGGCAUGUUCAUCAUCCCGCCGCGUGACAAUUUGCUCAAGAUCGCGCGCCAUGCUUAUGGUUACCGGAACCCGAUCACCGUGCCUGUUCCCGGGGUCGGUGCAUCCAAGGAAACGAUGGCGGUUAGUCUGCCUGAAACUGGUGGUCCCGUUCCGCUGGAGGGACAGGAUGCGUUCAGGGAAGCAUUGAAGCAAUUGCUUCCCCGUUUCGUGGACCGGCCGUUUGCUGAUACCAGGAUUUGCUGGUAUACUGAUACCCCCGAUGGAGAUUUUAUUGUUUCGUACCACCCUGAUUACGAGGGGCUGUUCCUCGCGACUGGUGGCAGCGGACACGCCUACAAGUUUUUCCCUGUGCUUGGAGACAAAGUUGUUGAUGCCAUGGAGGGCACUUUGGACCCCGAACUGCAGAAAUUGUGGGAGUGGACGGAGGCAAACACUCCCGCUCCAGGAACCAAUAUGGAUGACCUCUUCGACGGCGAUGGAAGCCGAUCUGGGGCAAGGAACUCGAAUUUGCAAGAGGAGUUGGCUAAGACGAGAAAGGCUUCACGGGAGAGUGCGCUGUAA